CAGCAGAAGAGCAGAACGUCCUGGAGAAAAUUCCUGUUUACGCUUUUUUGUUUUUAACAGCGUUCCAGCCUAGACUGAGGGGAUGAGGUCUUGUCUUCUGCUUUGUGUCCUGUGCCUGAUGGUUGCUAAAGGCCUUUCCACGUCACCAUGUGUGUGUAAUGGACCUCCAGGAUCACCUGGACCUGGUGGACCACCUGGAGCAAAUGGAGUGCCUGGAGUCGAUGGAAAUCCUGGAAAGGAUGGAUGGCCUGGAAUACCUGGAGCCCCUGGAGUGCCUGGACUACCUGGACCAGUUAUAAUGUGUGGUAGAGACGUCUUUGGAGCUAUUGCACAGGAUGUUGACACACUGAUGAAGACCACAGCUAAGUUUGAACUGGCUGCAAAUUUUGACUUUACACGGAGGGUUGGGCAGAAAUACUUUGUGUCCAACAAACUCAGAGGCUCCUUCCAGGAGGCCGUCGAGUUCUGCUCUCAACAAGGUUUAGAGCUGGCUUUACCCCACAAGGACCAGGAGAACCGCGUCCUGACUCAGCUGUUUGGUGACGUGGCUAACGUAGCCUGGAUCAACGUCAACAAUAGGGCAGUGGCCAACUUUCAAUCUGACAUGAAAAACCAGCGUCUCACCUUCACCAACUGGGAAGGAGGACAACCAGAUAAAUCCAUCCAGGAUACUGGCUGCACCACGCUGCAAGACAAUGGCUACUGGCGAGUGACGCGCGACUGCUCCCUGAACGCUUACAUCAUCUGUCAAAUAUAGACCCCCAUGGAGUAACGUUAAGGACACAAAUCUUACUUUUCACUAAUUCCUUUUUUUGUACAGUAUUCAUUGUAGAGUCGUACAAAGAGGUCUGUAAGAAGUGAUCCAGAAAUGAAACCAGUUUAAUCAAGUGAGACUGCUGUGAUGUAAAAGUGAUCAGCAACUUUACACGUAACCAAUGAAAAAUAACCAUUAAAUCAACACAGGUGAAGGAAUGGAAAUGAUGUUUGUUGUACCCUCUUUUACUUAUUUUCUUUAUUUGGAUAUUACAUGGAAAGCUCUUUAUUAAAACCAUAAGUACUUUUUCCUCAAAAAUCCAUCACACUGAAUCCGCGAUCACCCUGUGAUCACAUCGCAAAGAUGUUUGUUGCUGUUACAUAAAUUCAGUUUCAAGGAAAACAUUGAAGUUGGACAAGAUUAAGAUAAUUUAGUCAGAAAUGAAAGUUGGUAUUCUGGAAAAAUCCCCUGCCUCCAAAAUCCUCCAGAAACAUCUGUGAAUAUCAUUACGAUGAACACAUCUGUGGGCAGUAAUUUGUUUUAUGCGUAUGAACAUUUAUGACUUACACUUGAAUGACAAGAAAAAAAAUGUUAUUUCAUUUUCACACAUAUUAAAUUUGAAAAAUGAUUUGCCACAACUUGAAUCCAAAGUAAACCUAUGAGGUUUCUUUGUGUUAUGUUAAUAAACAUCAAUGGGUGCUCGGUUGUUAGGUGCUAAGAUGCAGAUGAUAUUAAAAAAAAAUUGGCUCGU